AUGAGAAUCUUAUGUUAUGGCAUUGUUCUAAUUUUAACAAGUUAUUAUUUUUACGAUGUUUAUUGUGAUUCCGAAAAAUCAGUGUUGGAAGAAUUAGGAAUCGAUAUUUUGGAUUUUACAAAGGAAUUUACAGCAUUAAUCGAUUUUUAUGUUGAAGCCCAGGAAGACCCUGCUGCCAUUCAAGACAGUUACCUAAAUAUAACUGAACUUAUAAUUAAAUACGAUUACCCCGUACAAGAACAUCGUGUACAGACAGACGAUGGCUACAUUCUGAAAAUGAUUAGGAUCGAGAACAAAGGGCCACCAGUCUUCUUAAUGCACGGUUUGCUGAUGAGUGCUGACGACUGGCUCACUGCUGGGCUUAAAGAUAGUUUAGCUUAUCAGUUAGCGUCAGAGGGAUACGAUGUGUGGAUGGGAAACGCUCGAGGAAAUAAACACUCCCGGGAACACGUGAGCAUUUCACCAGAAACUCUAGAAUUUUGGGAAUUUAGUUGGAAUGAAAUUGGAAUUUAUGACUUACCAGCAAUGAUAGACUACGUGAUCAAUACCACAAAUAAAGAAAAUUUGAUGUACAUAGGACAUUCGCAAGGUACUACCGCGUUCUUCGUCAUGUGUUCCGAAAAACCGGAUUAUAACAACAAAAUUUCGAAAAUGAUCGCAUUGUCACCUGCAGCCUGGAUAUUUCGUAUGACAAGCCCAUUAGUCAGGAUGGUAGCUCCGUUUCAUAAGUACCAUCCAAUUUUAACCCACAUGUUACACAUUUACGAAAUCUUGCCGCGACCUAUAAAAGAAAGUCUUUUUACAGAAAUGCUGUUUUUGACAAAAACGCCAAUAUGUGAAAUAGAGAAUGGUUUAGCGUGUAUCACAAUUUUAUUCAUUUUUGGUGGAUUUGACUAUGAACAAUUCAACAUGGUGAACGCACCUGCAAUAUUUGGGCAUGCACCAUCUGGAGCCUCUAUUUAUCAAUUUGUGCAUUAUUUACAAAAUAUGAUGUCGGCGUCGUUUAGAAAAUUUGAUUAUGGGGAACACAAAAAUCUAGAAAUGUAUGGAUCUACUGAACCUCCUACAUAUGCGGUGGACAAUGUUACCGUACCCAUUGCUCUAUUUUACAGUGGCAACGACUGGCUUUCCGAUGUCCAAGACGUCAAACAAUUGGAAAAUACUUUGCCUAACGUAAUAGAAUCCUACCGCGUACCUUUCAAAAAGUUCAAUCAUUUUGACUUUUUAUGGUCCAGAAAUGUGAAAGGAUUAAUUAAUGACAAAAUUUUACAAUUACUUAGUUUAAGGACAAUAAUUUAA